AACCCAACGCUGGGCGAUGGCGGGUCACGUGGCUGGCGGCCUCAUGACGUGCGGAUUGCGAGGCGUCACCGUGACGUUCGGGCGACCUGCCGAGUGGCCCCGCUACCUCCACCACUUGUACGGUGGCGGUGUCAGCAUGGACCUGGGCCCGAUGCGCAAGAGUUACCGCGGGGACCGAGAGGCAUUUGAGGAAACUCAGCUGACGUCCCUGGACCCCAUGAAGCAGUUUGCUGCCUGGUUUGAGGAGGCCGUUCAGUGUCCUGACAUAGGGGAAGCCAAUGCCAUGUGUCUGGCUACCUGCACCAGAGACGGAAAACCCUCUGCCCGCAUGGUGCUGCUGAAGGGCUUUGGCAAGGAUGGCUUCCGCUUCUUCACUAACUUCGAGAGUCGGAAGGGAAAAGAGCUGGACUCCAAUCCCUUUGCUUCCCUUGUCUUCUACUGGGAGCCCCUCAACCGUCAGGUGCGUGUGGAGGGCUCCGUGAAGAAGCUGCCUGAAGAGGAGGCUGAGUGCUACUUCCACUCCCGCCCUAAGAGCAGCCAAAUCGGGGCUGUGGUCAGUAACCAGAGUUCUGUGAUCCCCGAUCGGGAGUAUCUGAGAAAGAAGAAUGAGGAACUGGAGCAGCUCUACCAAGCACAAGAGGUGCCAAAGCCAAAGUACUGGGGUGGCUACAUCCUGUACCCGCAAGUGAUGGAGUUCUGGCAGGGCCAAACCAACCGUCUGCAUGACCGGAUCCUCUUCCGGCGGGGCCUGCCAACAGGAGACACCCCUUUGGGGCCCAUGACCCACCGUGGGGAGGAAGACUGGCUGUAUGAGAGGCUCGCACCCUGAUUCGAAGUCUGCUGGCGCCUGCUGGAGCUGGCACCGGGGAGAGACCCAGAGCGUGAGAGGCAUUUUAGCAAGUCCUUAAUGGCAGCCAAGAAACAACAGUUUCCAGCCACUUCUGUUGUCAUUCCCUGAGUGACCCUUGGAUCCCUCCUCCCCACGUGUGGGCUGUGUUAACCCCUCCUGCCUCAAAACACCCAUUAUCCCUUUGUUUGUUUGUUUGUUUGUUUCGUUUUGUUUUGUUUUUUUAAAAGGAAGUUUUUGGAUUAAACUAGCCAGAAUCAAUUUCUGUUGCUUGCAACUUAAAGAAACUUCAUUAACUUACUAAUAGGAUAUUUUUAUAGCCCUGUUCCCUACUGAUAACUGCUUCCCCUUAUCUGAAGCACAACAACAUGGAAAAGAGAUUAAAUGUAUUCUCUGGAGCUCCAGAGGACCCAGAGGUGGGAGUUGGACGGAUGUGGGUUUCCUCUCAGUUGGGGGAGAGACUUGAGACAACCAUGAUCCAGUAAUCGGGAGUGGGCUACCUAGUUAGGUAGCAAGUGUCUCUAGACGUAUUGGAUCCCAGGGAGUCAGGAGUUUUAUAGAAGGGCUUCAUGACUUGUACCUACGAGCCAGGCAGAUUUCAGUCAAGCUUUACUUUCCAUGUUCGUUUCUGAGAACAACAUACGUGUGUGUGUCUGUGUGUGUGUGUGUGUGUACAUACACAGAUGUCUGUUUCAUUUUCCAGGUAUAGAAUUGUUACAGAGCUAUGUUUCGGUACUCACGGAUCCCCUUCAACUGCCCCCCUCCUCUGGGGGGGAUGACUCCUAGACACGGGUUUCUAUCCCUGCUGAAAUUACCCAGAAAUGUUCAUCACAUAUAGUUUCACUGGUCUGAGUGAGGUCUGAACUUUCAGGAACGUAAAAGCUCCCCAGAGACUUCUGUGCAGCCAAAAGUUGAGACCCCCCGAGUUGAGAUCCUCGCUACCCCGUGUGGUCCACGGACCAGCAGCACCACCACUUAGGAGCCCACCCUCAGCCCACCCAUGAAUCCUGUCCUGCAUUUAAUAAGCCCCCCCCCCAGGUGACCAGUUGCAGUGUCCCCCACCUCCACAAACAAAUGACCUCCUACCCUCACCAUGGGAUUCCUCAUCAGGCCUGCAUUGAGGCCUGCGCUGAACUGUGUUUGCACACUUCUUGAGCACAAGUCUGGUGACCAAGGACAACUUGAACGAAUGGCCUCCAGGCUGUGGAGGGGAGCCAGGCUGGGUAAAUGUUUGCUGUGACUAAGCCAGAAUCUGAGAACUGUUAUUUUACGCGUUGGCAUGGAACUCACCAGCUCUGUAAACUGUUUCAUUCCUCUGUGUGGGCGUGUGCGCUGCUUCGGUGCCUGACAUUCAUGGGCUCCUCCCAGGGGGCCCCUGUUGGGGGUUGAUCCCCCUCUUAAGCCUGAGUGUGGGAAGGCACGAUGCUAACCCUAUGGCCACCAAAGGAGAUGGUGCUGGGGUGCCCUUCUCUGCCUUGUCCCAUUACUAGGAGCUCUGUAUCCCCCACCCGCUCUCUGAGCCUGGGUUCAGCUGUUCCCCUCCUGUUCUUUGACAAUCACUGUGCCAAAUCUGUAAUAAAACUUCGUCAGCCGUGUGUGAUAUUAAUGUU